GUCAGGUGAUUAGAAGACCGAAAAAUUUUCGAAGUAAUAUAAAAAGCAUACUUACUUUACUAGUUGUAUUUAUAGUAUUAGACUUUGGACAAUAAAAGUACAAGUUGAAUUGUGAAAAUGUUCCGUUUGAUAUCUACAAAUGCUCAGCAGGGGUUUAGGCCUGUGCUUUUACUGAAAGUCAGGGGUAAUAAAGGUCCUUUAUCAUUAACCUCAUCAACUUUAGCUAAUACUUCUGGGAAUAAUGUUAAUAGUCAACAUAUUGUAACUCUGACUCAAUUUGCUAGAUCUAAUUCUAAUUCUAGUAAUGGGGCUAUAAAAAAUACAAAAAUGAAGGUUGAUUCAUUUAUUUCUAAAGCUACUGCAGAUCCAUUAAUUAAAGAAGCAAUUGAAAAUCCAGAACUAACGAGAAAGUUAGAACAUUUUAAGGAUUUAUUAUAUCAAACUUAUGAUAAAGGUUCAUUUUCUAAUACUCAAUCAAGAUCAGCUUUUAAUGAAACAGUUAAUAAUAUGUUUUCAUUAUUUGAUAAUGAAGCCUUGAGAAGUCAUUUAAGUUCAAAAGAUUUAUUUCAAUAUGCAAAUGCUUUACAAAGGGCUGUAUAUUUUAACAGAACUAAUAGAUUAUCUGGAAACAAAAAUAGAGAUAAAGAUCAAAGUUCAAAUAAUUAUUCAGAAGAACUUUUAUUAAAGAAUGCCGUAUUAAAUUUAGCAGAAUUAAUAAUUGGUAAUGAAUUUCAAAAUAGAUUAUCGUCUAAUGUGAUUAAAAUGUUAUUUUAUUCAAUGUUACAAUUUAGAUUUUAUAAUGAAAUGAUUAAUUUAUGGGAAAAUGGUAUUAAUGAUCCCAUCAAUGGUAAGUUAUUUUUACAACAAGAAACUUUGGCGAUAGUGUUAGAUGUUUGUUUUGAAAACAAAAGAUUCACUUAUGAAGAAAUUUUACAAAUUUAUGAAUUAAAUUCUAAGGAUACCCAAGAAGUUGCUGAUGUUCUUUUAUGUACAAUCGGUAAAAUUGCCAUUGUUUCUGGUGAUUAUUCUCGAGCUUUAGAUAGUUUGGAAACUUUAUUAAAAAUGUAUGAAGGUUAUGGAGCACCUAAGGCAAGAAGAGAAUUGUUACACUCAUUAAGUGAAUUACAUUUAACUUUUAUUGGUGAAUGUAAAGAUUUUAAGAUUGCCAAACAUUUCUUUGAUAAAGUUAUUGAAUUUUCUUUACCUUAUAGUGUUCCUUUAAAAGCUCCAAAAGUAGUUUCAUUUAUUGAAAAUUGUUAUGAAGCCGAUGAACCAAUGGAAACUAUAAUUGAUAUUUGGAAAUCAACUUUAACUCAUUAUAAAGAUAGUUACACGCGUGGUGCCUCUAUGAAUGCUAGAUAUGCCAUUUUAAAUAAUGGAUUCUUUGGAGUUUUCUUUAAGAAAUUUCCUACAUUAAAUAAUGAAUCAUUUGAUCAAUUAAGAAAAAUUAUAAGUGAAUAUGCAAAUAUUAAACAAAUUGAUGAAACUUUCUUAAAUACUAUUAUAUCAAAUUAUAUAUGGCAGGAUAAAGAAGUAUUGGAUCAAUUAAUUGAAAAUUAUUCAAUUUAUGAUGUUCAAAGAACUCCAGUUUCUUAUAGAAUUGUAUUAAAGAAAUUAGGUGAAAUUAAAGGUUAUUCAAAUAAAGAUAUUUUAGACAAAUGGUAUGAAAAUUUAACUUGUUUAGAUAAUUUUGGUUAUGUAUAUAUUCCUGUUGCUGAUUGGGCUGCAUUAAGAGAUGCUACUAUAUUAUCAGGUUUCUCCGAAAAUAGAAUUCCUUUAUAUCUUACUGUGGUUAAUACUUUUAGAAAUUACAUGCAAGAUAGAAGAUCAUGUCUUAGAUUCUUAGGUAAUUGGGCUAAAAUGCCAGAAUAUUAUCCUUUAGUUGCUCAAAUUAGUGAUGCAGAAGAGGAUUUUGUAGAUUUUGGUUGUGAUGUCGAAGUUAAAAUUCCUCAGUUAGAAAAUUUAACUGAGAAUGUUUCUUUCAGAUAUAUCACUCGUGAAAUUACUCAAAAUAGAAAAGAUUCUGAUUUUGAUACUAGAAGUAUACAUUACCAAGGUCCUGUACUUUACAAACCACGUAUUUAAACUUUAUACAUAUAUUUGUUCCCCUUUGUAAAUAGAACUUGUUACGAACUUUAUAUAUAUUUAAUUGUUAAUGAGUGCGCAUUUACCAAA